GAGAGUCAACGAGAUUAAUCAUUAGAUAGUUAAACACAUGUAUAAAUCAGUCAUUAUAUUAGAUUUUUAUAACCAAAAAACCUUUAUUUCAAAUAACCUCAAACAUCAUCGCAACCAAUGGUUAUCAAUGCAAUACCAAUGCCUUGUCUACCGCUACUGUGCCUACUAUUGCCACUAUUGCCGACCCUAUGGAUGACAUCACUGGCGGGUGCGGCGGCCAUACCUGCGGCCAACACUGGUGGACACAAACUAUGUCAAAACACCGUAUAUGAUAUCAGGGAUGGAUUUAUGUUGACAUUUCAGAAUGAGAUACUAUGGGUGGCCGAGAGUCGGGCCGGCGGUCAGCCGUUACUCAUCGAGAAAAAAUAUGUGGACGACUACUUCCCGGCCAUUAGGGCGCCGGUAGCCGGCGCUGUGCUGACCAACGACCAACACGGCAGGUGUUACGCCACCUACCAGUGCCUAUCGUUGUAUAUUCUCGCCGGUAACUUGUUGUACACAUAUGACUGGUACCACAUUUGGCACAUUGUGCGCCGGGACUCCCGACCCAUUGACCCCCAAUCUAUGCUGAGCACCGGUGGUCAACGCGUAUAUCCCCUGUCACUGUUUGAUAGCCACCAGUGCCCGCAGGAUAUGCCCGAAAUGCCACCGGCGAUAAUGGCCUGGGAUAGGGAUCAGAUGGCCCAACAUUCGGACGUUGUGGAGUCACUGCAAACAUACGAUCAUCACAGACGUAAUGUUGAUGAUCCGGACCAUUUUUUCCGUGACACUACUGGUCAGCCUACAGGUGCCAACGUUACGGUGGCCACAGUCUGGGCCACUACCGGCUCGUUUGCGCCAACACCAGCGCCACCGCCAACAACUGCACCAACAAUCAGUGACAAUGUGACCACCGCUGGUAAUGAGACAAUCGCUAACCAAACGGCACCGAUAGUGAUGGACGUUAGCGCCGGUACUAAUCGUACGGACACUACUUUUGAGACAACAAUACAGACUAUCGCUGAUAUAACCAACGAUGUCGAUACCACUUCCACCGCAACCAUCGAUAAUACGCUUCUCACAUAUGCUAUACCUACUGAUCCGACCCCUACUGAUUGGACAGCGAUUGGCAGCACUACACCUGACCCGCUCACCACCGCUGCCAACACAACACCAGUGGUUGCCACCAGUGCUGAGCCAAUGAAUGCCGACAAUACAUCCACCGCACGGGUAACUGAAGACAUAUCUACCACUAGUCCUACAGAUACAACCACUAUAACCAAACCGGUCGAAAAUCUGCCACCAAUUAAGAUAAUAUCUACCGAUAAGACCUCUACCACUCCCACCACCAUCACCGACAUCGACAACACAUCCACUGAUAUUUCUUCAGAAAGUACUGUCGCAACCGAUCCCAUGACCAGCACUGAGCCGAUAGUCCCUAUUGUUAUAGACUCAGUGGUUUUGAGGUCUACUAAACCUAAGGUAUAUCCGGCGCACAUAAUGAAAGUCUCUAUCGACGCCAACCCGACCGCCACUACAGGCCAAGCGGUUAAUACAAACCCGACUACAGGCCCAACGGUUGUCGAUUCGCUGGCCUCUACCGAUGCUAACCCUACGACAACUACAGACAAACCCGAUAUUACUAAACCUACGAACACUACAGACCAGACAAUGGCUAAGACAGUGGCGGACACUCCCGAACCCGAUGCCAACCAUACGGUCAGCGCUUACCGUACGUUAAGAGCCGACGAUCAUAAGUCAAACACCACAUUGGCUACAAUGACCACAACCACCACAACGGGUUCAGAGGUGACGGAAUCGAUGCCUACAGUUGAGCCGCAGAAGAAUGUGUCCAAACGGUCAUCGAUGGCCCCGUAUGUGGCCUACGGUCUGAUAGUAGUCGGCGGCGCUAUACUGGCCGCUGGUGUUGUCCACUAUCGCCAUAAGGGUUACUAUGCGUUACACUGA